GCAGAGAGAGAGAGAGAGAGGGGAAGAAAGGAGAGGACCUGAACAAAGCUGCGGCGAAGGAGAAUGUGUCUGGUUCUAUAAACUACCGUCUCUUCUUCUUAUAGACGUAUCCUGGUCGGCUGUGGCUUUCUUCAAUCUCUUCUCCCUCGCUUGUUUUCUUUUUCAAUGACAUCAUCGAUAUCUGUCUGAGAAUUUCAAAUGGGUAUCGGUGAAAUCGUCUUGGAUCCAUGGGAGAAAUAUUUCCAUUGAAGUGUUUCCGGUUAUUCGACCUGAGUUGAACAAUCUUUGCUUCUUUUGAUGUAUUUGAUUAUCUUCGAGAACGAGGUUCGGUAUGGGAGGAUAUCCAAUUGGCUUCUGAGUAUUCUCAUGCUAUUAUCUCUGCCUUUCCAACAAAAAGCUUUCUCCUUCUGUCUACCGAGAGAUAGAUGGGAUAAAGAGUUUGCAAAGUUGCAGGCCGGUUAACUUAACUGGGGUUCUUCCGGUAUAUAUUUAUAUCGGCGGAUAGAUCGUUUUGGUUGCGUUUCUGGUGCAUGUUUGUUUGUGAUUUGAGCCUUUGAGAUGGGUUCUUCUCAAGGAUCUGCCUUGUCCACCAAUGUAGCGGAGUUUGUUGACAAGCCGUCUGCGCGUGGGGAGGUUUUCCUUGUUGAUUGUCUGCCUACGUAUGUCAAGGAGCUAAUUGCAGGAGGCGCUGCCGGAGCAUUUUCUAAGACUGCAGUCGCGCCCUUGGAGCGGGUUAAGAUACUAUUGCAGACAAGGACGGAAGGGUUUCAGUCACUUGGGGUCUUCCGAUGCUUAAAAAAGUUACUGAAGCAUGAAGGCAUAUUAGGAUUUUAUAAAGGAAAUGGUGCAAGUGUUCUACGGAUAGUUCCAUAUGCAGCAUUGCAUUUCAUGACAUAUGAGCAAUACCGAUGUUGGAUCUUGAACAACUAUUCUGUCUUAGGAACAGGCCCUUUCAUUGACCUUUUAGCUGGUUCGGCAGCUGGAGGAACAGCAGUUCUCUGCACUUAUCCCUUAGAUUUGGCUCGAACAAAACUUGCUUAUCAGGUGAUGGACAAGAAGGCAACUUUCAGAAAUGGUGCGAGUAGUUAUCAUGUUCAACUUCAACCUCAAUAUCAUGGGAUAAAGGAUGUUUUCAGAAGUGUAUACAGGGAAGGUGGAAUCCAUGCCUUAUAUAGAGGUGUAGGUCCAACGCUCAUUGGCAUCCUUCCUUAUGCUGGUCUUAAGUUCUAUAUAUACGAGGAACUCAAGAGACAUGUUCCCGAAGAACACCAAAAGUCCAUCAUAAUGCGCCUAUCUUGUGGAGCUCUAGCAGGGCUGUUUGGACAGACCUUCACAUACCCACUGGAUGUGGUGAGGAGACAGAUGCAGAUCCAGAGUCUUCAACCAUUAAACCAAGGAAGCCAUCUUAGGUACAGGAGCACAGUGGAAGGGCUUACUACCAUUAUCCGUAACCAGGGAUGGAGACAGCUGUUUGCUGGCCUAAGUAUCAACUAUUUGAAGAUUGUUCCUUCUGUUGCAAUUGGUUUCACUGCAUAUGACAUGAUGAAGUCUUGGCUUCGUGUUCCACCAAGACAGAAGUCUGUAUCAGUAUCAGCUACAUGAAGGCGAAGCAUUCUACUAAAAAUCCUAUUACACAUACCAGUCAGGCCAUCUGGGAGUUGAAAGAACUGCCUGAAAAAUCAUCUCCUGCUUAGUUAUCAACCGUACAUCAUAUGCACAUGGAUGGUCUUGAACAGAACCACAGAAAAAAGUGGGGCUGGAAAAUGCGUUAUUUUAUUUUUAGAUAGCGCCAAACUUUUUUUUCUUGUGCCUUUUCCUAUUUCUUUCUGUAAAAUUUUUAGGAAUACAUAGUUCUUCAAAUGAAAUUGGUGGCAGUAGAGCAUAUUUCUAGA